AUGCCCCCGACCCCAGAGUCUCAGCUUGGUGACGGCUCGGCAAGCAAUGGACCUACGCCGCCUGCGGGUUUCUCGGUUAACUAUACGCCCCCAAAUCAUCCAGACUCUUCUAUGAUAAAGGUUACUAGAGGACAUAGCUGUGUGUUGUGCCAACAGCGCAAGGUACGCUGUGACAAGAGCAAACCCUGCUCCAAUUGCGUAAAGGCCAAUGUCGAAUGCCGCGUCGUGCCACCUCAACCGCCUAGGCGCCGCAAGAAGCGCGUGCCCGAGCGAGACUUGGUGGAGCGUCUACGGAAAUAUGAAGCGCUCCUUGCCCAGAACGGAAUCGAAUUUGAUUCGUUAGGCCCGGAUGUAAAGAUUGUGGACCCCGGCUCCGUUGAGGACGGUGACGAGCUCGAACCCGAGUUUAUAAGACAGAGGAGUAAGGAGUCUCCAUCCGGUGUGGACCCUGAGUUGAUCUCGUCACCCGGUGAGGCCGCCCACGUUCCCAGAACAUUUAAAUGGUUUCCUUUUCAGAAAGAGGCUACAACGGAUGAAGGUCUUAAGGACUCAUCUGACGAAGAGGACGUUGGAUCGUCCAUCAAUCAAGCAUACGAUAAGAUGUUUGAUAGCCCUGACGGUUUCCCAUUCGUAAUAGGAGGCCAGUUCGAGAGUGUCACCGCGCAGCAUCCAUCUGCCAUCCAAAUAUUUCAGUUAUGGCAGAUCUACCUAAACAACGUCAACCCACUUCUCAAACUUACACAUACGCCCACGUUGCAAGUACGGAUUAUCGAGGCUGGGGCAAACCUCGACAAAGUGUCCAGGUCCCUCGAGGCGUUAAUGUUUUCAAUUUACCUAAUGGCUAUCACAAGUAUAGACGACGAGGAAUGUCAAGCGACGUUUAACGAAUCGAGAUUUAACUUGCUAGCUAAGUAUUAUUAUGCUACCCAGCAAGCCCUUCUUAACGCAGGCUUUAUGCGCAACCCGGAUCUAACCUUGAUGCAAGCUUUUCUAUUAUAUCUUAUGGGCAUUAGACAAUACUCGGACCCCCGGUCGUUAUUUUGCUUAACCGGGAUCGGUGUACGUCUCGCCCAGAGAAUGGGUUUACACCGUGACGGCGCUCAAUUUAAUCUCUCCCCAUUCGAAGUGGAAGAGAGGAGACGACUAUGGUGGAACCUCGCCGGUUUUGACCGGAGAAUAGGUGAACUAUGUGGUUCUAUCAUCACUGCUAUAUCCAACGGGGGCAACUGCAAAUUACCGCUUAAUAUCGACGACGCCAACUUACACCUUCAUGCUAAAGACCCUCCUCCCCCGUACACUGGUGCUACCGAGAUGAUGUUCUCCCUAUCACGCCUCGAGUUUGCUAAAGCGCCAGGGAAUGACAAGAUGAGGGGCCAAUCUUCGGAAACUAAUCCUCAAGCUGUUGCAAGUGUCGCCGACCACCGGUUGUCGAGCUACCUCGAACGAUUUUCCGCCCACAUGGAAGAUACAUACCUCAAAUAUUGUGACCCUAAAGUCCCACUUCAUUAUAUGACACUUCUCAUGACGCGAGCGAAUAUGUGCAAACUAAAAAUAGUAUCCGGCUUCUUCCGUGUUGCACUUACAGCACCCGCGCCCUUGCCGCCAGCCGAGAGAGAUGAAAUCUUUGUGGAGGCGAUUAAGAUGAUCGAAUAUGAUACUAUGAUGCAAUCGAGGGAAAGUCUCAAGGGCUUCCUUUGGUAUACCAACCUGCAUUUUCCAUUCCCAGCUUAUAUAUGCCUGCUUACUGAGCUCCGCCAUCGCACGACGGGUGAAUUAUGCGAGCGUGCGUGGGAAACCAUAUGCGAGCACGCUGACCGGAGAAAGAUGACAUCUCACAUGCGCAGCCCCAUGCAUUUAUCCUUCAGCCCUCUCUUCGUAAAGGCGUGGGAUGCACGCGAGGCCGCCGAGGCCGCUCUCGGACGCACUCUAGCGCCACCACGCCUUAUCACUCACAUGAGACAGAUCGCCGCACGCCUACCAAAGACGACAAAAAAGAGGUCACCGGCACCAACGCCUUCACCUAAAAUCCCUGUCAUAAGCGGUGCUUACGUCGCAACGGCGCCGACGCCCCCAGAACAGCCGAACGUGCCAGGUGCCGUACCCUUAUAUCCGGAAGGCGACAUAUUCAGCGGUGGCAUGCCACAAAUGGACGUGAACCGCCAAUUCGCUCACGCGUUCCCGGAAUUGAAUUUCGGUGGCGAGAUGGAUUGGAACUAUCUGAUGCAGGAGUACGGCGGGUUCGUGGCCCACCCACCCCAGAUGAGUGCCUACGCGAACCAGACGCCGAUGCAAGAUCCUAAUCAACCUCAACCUGCCAUAUGGCAAUGA